GUUAGAUGACCUUGAGCAAUGAAGAAAAAAAAGUUAAAAUGGGCAAGAGUGUCCUUAUCACCCAACCCACACACAUUCUUUCUUUUUUCUCUACUUGUAAUAUUUUUUUUUUGAUUUUCUGACCAUAUCCGUCCGUCUGUCUGUCUGUCCGCCUCUUAUAAUCACAUCAAUCCUUUUUUCCUCUGCAAAAAAACAUAAAGCGAGGGGCCCGUUGCGGAAUAUCUGCAGAAUACAACAAUACAACAAACAUGCUUGUCCCAAAGAUCACAGCCUCGACGACACUCUCUCCGACACUCCAGCGCGCCAUAGGGCUGCUCCCCUCAGUGCUCUACACAGACGCCAGUGCGGCACUCGUGGCAAGCGAGGGCGACGCCGCAGUGUGGGCGGAUGUAUCGGUGCACACAGACGUGCAGGAUUUGCUUAACAGCGGCGUGGCUGUGGCCGUAUUUGGCCCAGACGAUCAGGUCUCAGUGGACUGCGAUAGGGCGCGGAUUGCCCUGCGCUACGCGGCAACCAGCGACUGCACGCAGAGCAUCGGCAAGGCGCAAACCGACGGCAUUGUGCGCGCCGGCGCCGUGGUCAUUGAGCUGACAGCAUCGCAGCUCGAGCAGGCGACGCAGAAGGACGCUGCUGGCAGCUCGGCGCUGUCGCGGCUGACCAAGGCUGCUGAUAAGCAGCUUUUGGGGAGCAGCGGGCCGGUGCGCGUGCUGGUCGAGGUCACAGACGCAUGGACUAUUGAUCUGCUGGCGCGGGCGGCCGAUGCCGGCGCAGACUCUGUGGUUGCCGGCGCGGCGCUGUCGCUGGAGGAGGGCGUGGGGCUCUCGCUGGCCGCGGCCUUCAUGGCCGGCAGCGGCCUGGUGUCUGACCGCACCGACGGUCUGUUCACCACGGUGGUUGUCGACGAGCAGCGCGUGUGCCUGGGCGUCGUGUACUCGAGCGCCGAGAGCAUUACCGCAGCGCUGGCCGCCGGAGAGGGCGUGUACUGGUCGCGGCGGCGCGGGCUGUGGCACAAGGGCCUGACCUCGGGUGCCACGCAGACUUUGCUUGGCCUGGCCGUCGACUGCGACUCUGAUGCGCUGUGCUUCCGCGUGCGCCAGAGCGGCGCCGGCUUCUGCCACCACGCGACCCGCGGCUGCUUCGGCCCCGCCACCGGCAUUGCGCAGCUGGCCCAGGUUCUCGAGGAGCGCCUCCAGAAUGCGCCUGCCGGCUCGUACACCGCGCGCCUGUUUGCCGACGCACAGCUUUUGCGCGCCAAGCUUCUGGAGGAGGCCACUGAGCUGGCUGAGGCCACCGAGCCUGCCGACGUUGCCUUCGAGGCCUCUGAUCUGCUGUACUUUGCCCUGGCCAAGUGCGCCGCCCACGGCGUCUCGCUCGCUGACAUUGAGCGCUCGCUGGACCGCAAGCACCGCAAGGUCGUGCGCCGCCCGGGCAACUCCAAGCCCGAGUUCGAGAAGAAGGCCGCUGUCCUGGCCACUGGCCCGGCCCCGGUCCUGCCGCGCACCUCCAUUCUCAGCGCCGACAUCCGCGCAGCCGAGCCUGGAGAGGCCAUCCGCAUGCGCUCAUACGAUGCUGCUGAGCUGACCCCCGCCGAGUACGCUGCGCUUCUGCAGCGGCCGAUCAUCGACUCGGAGGAGCUGAUGGGCCGCGUGCGCCCGAUUGUCGCAGCCGUGCGCGCCAACGGCGACGCCGCCGUGCGCGAGCUCACUCGCAAGUUCGACCGCGUUGAGCUCGACCAGGUUGUUCUGCGCGCACCCUUCACUGUGCCUGAGCUCCCCGCCGCUGUGCGCCAGGCCAUCGACCAGGCGUACUCGAACGUGCACAAGUUCCAUUCCGCGCAGCUGGCCGCCGACAUCAGCGUCGAGACCAUGCCCGGCGUCACCUGCUCGCGCUUCAGCCGCGCGAUCGAGCGCGUCGGUCUGUACGUGCCCGGCGGAACCGCUGUGCUGCCGUCUACCGCGCUGAUGCUGGGUGUGCCGGCUCAGGUUGCCGGAUGCCGCGAGAUCGUGAUGGCCACGCCGCCGCGCUCCGAUGGGUCGGUUGUGCCUGAGGUUCUGUAUGUCGCGCACAAGGUCGGCGCCACCGCCAUUGUAAAGGCCGGCGGUGCCCAGGCCAUUGCCGCCAUGGCGUACGGAACUGAGACGGUGCCCAAGGUCGACAAGAUCUGCGGCCCCGGCAACCAGUAUGUUACGGCUGCCAAGAUGCUGGCUCAGAACGACACAUCUGCCAUGGUUGCCAUUGACAUGCCGGCCGGACCCUCCGAAGUCCUGGUCAUCGCCGACUCGACGAGCAACCCGGCCUACGUCGCCAGCGACCUGCUGUCCCAGGCCGAGCACGGCCCCGACAGCCAGGUGGUGCUUUUGGCCGCCGGCAUGACCGACGCCGAGGUGGCCGCCAUUGAAUCUGAAGUGCACACCCAGGCCUCGCGCCUGCCGCGCAUCGCCAUUGUACGCCAGUCCAUCCCCAAGAGCUACUGCCUGCGCAUCCCCACCGUCAACUACGCCAUCGAGUUCUCGAACGCGUAUGCCCCCGAGCACCUCAUUCUGCAUAAUGACAAUGCCCGCGACUACGUCAAGGACGUCAUCAACGCCGGCUCUGUCUUCGUCGGCCCUUACUCGCCGGAAUCCUGCGGCGACUACGCCUCGGGUACCAACCAUACGUUGCCCACAUAUGGCUUUUCGCGCAUGUACUCGGGCGUUAGCACCGCUACUUUUGUCAAGCACAUUACUUCGCAGGAGCUUACGCGCGAGGGCUUGGCUAAUAUUGGUCAGACUGUUAUGACUUUGGCUGAGGUCGAGGAGCUUGAGGCUCACCGCAACGCUGUGGCCAUUCGUCUGCGCGAUAUGCAGUAGACUGAUGGGUCACUUUCUUUCAUUUAUCUUUUUAGUUUAGUUUUAGUGCAUGGACCAGUUGUGAGUUUUUUUUUUUGCUCUGCGUCGUGACAUCACAGCAAAUAUUAAUUUUUGCAAAUAAUAAAAUAGAAAAUAUUAUUUUUGAGCUG